AGAUCCUCGGUGUGCCGGUUCACUCUGUUUCUGGUGUUUGUAAUGAAACUAUGAUGGAGUAAUCUCAUGAGUCAGCAGGAGCAGUGUUCGUAAAAAACUUUAGAGGGGUUUAAAAUCAGAAGUUUUUGCUUUGCAGUGGCUGCACAUCAUACCUGCACAUCUUGUAUUCUAUUUUGCGGGUCAGAAAUGCUAAUCUGCACAUGUUUUGUGUCUAUGACUGACCUCAAAUCGCUACUUUCACUUUCGAUUAAACUAACUAAACGCGACAUAUGCCGUGCUUCGUCUCUCUGGCACCAGAAAGUAGAAAACAAGUGGCUCUCACGGUGUUUCCAGCUCCUUCCUGGAGAUGCAUAAGCAGGGGAGCCUGGUUAGGCUGUUGGGGGUUCCAGGUGUUUCACCAGGUGACAAGACAGCUAAAAAACACCGGUUUAUUUCCUCAGACCUAAGCACGGAGGAGGGGAGGUGCUGUAGGUGUGGUGUGCCCCUCUCACCAGCCCGGACAGGCCGUCAUCAUAGUCCAGGACCAGAGGUUCCUGCUGUGUUUAGCAGACUGAUGUGCUGCAGAUCGAUGAUCAACAGUAUCGGUUAACCGUGAAAAUGUCUGAGAUGGAUUUCCCAGUGGAGGCAACACUACAUUUGAAAGAGUUUCAAGAUGAGAGAGAAGUGAAGAAUAUCGUCAGGUCACAUGGCUUUGAGAUGCAUGAUCUAGGAGAAGGUCGUGUGCGUGUAAAGGGUCAUUUUUCUAAGCUCAAAGAGGUAAAGGCUCAAUUAGAACAGCUUCCCUUAUCACAAACCAAGAUGUCGCCAUCCUCAUCAUCCUCACCAAUCCCAGCUGCAUCCUCUGGAGCCAUUCCCAAAAACUACAGUCGCAGAGACAAGCCCCCACAUGCUGCUCUAUCUUCCCCCACCUCCUCAUCAUCAUCAGCGCCAGGCCCUUCUCGUAGCCGUCCAGCCUCUCAGGGGUACGCUGCAGCCUCGUCCCCAGACCAGCGUGGUUCCCUCAGGCACAGAGAGGAGACUUUUGUCAUUGAUGCAGAUGUGUUCAAGUAUGCUGGCCGGUUCAGGAAAAAAGAAAUGGACAGCAUCCUGAUCAGCCAUGAUGUGAAAAUGAAAACAGAGGAUUGUGGUGAUAUGGUCAACAUCACUUUAACGGGGAAGAACUCAAAGACAGCACUGAGUAAAGUGCAGAGCCUUCUGGCUUCUCUCAGCAAUACACUACGCACACAGGAAGUUCCUCUGCAGGACAUGUCUGAUGAUGGCAAAAUGCUUUUAGCGAAAAUUAAGAAAAAAGGAAACGUCGACGGUUUGGUGCUGGUGUGCGAGAUGGGCGACAGGCUUCAUCUUAUUGGCUCAUCUCGCGAGAGCUUCUUGUUAAAGCAGAGGUUGCUGGACGGGCGUGACCGGCACGGACGCACAGGGAGAGCCUCAGCUAAAGGCUCCAGAGGAAGGAGCAACUCCGCUCCACCGACUAAUCGCAAGAGCACAGAAACAGCUGCCAACCCUGAUACAUCACCCGGUGGAGCCACAGGUUACUCCCAAUCGAAGCACCAGGAUGAUGAACAGAAAGAUGCCACGACUGGGUGGGAAAUUGAUGCUUUCCACAGUCGGCCAAGAACCCGGUCUCUGUCCCCUGAAAAUAAACAUGCAAAGAGGGUCAAUGGCAACCCGAAAAAGAGAGAAAGUAAACCUCCACCUCAGAAGUUAAAAAACCUUUUCACAUUUACCUCCAAUGGGAUAAAGAACACAUUUAAAAAGAUAAAUAGAAAUUUAAAAAAGAAAUGAGAGAGAAUCUCUCUUGACACAAAACAGAGCACCGUUGUUCCUCAUGUGUGUGAGUAUUUAAAAGGGUCUAAAUGCAAGGGGGUUUUUUUCUUACUGAGUACCUGUGUGGUGUUACACCACUAAUACUGAAACCAGGGCUCAAGCUUGAAAGGAGUAUGUGUUUGCCUUUUAAGGAAAUGCAGCCUGGAUCAGUGGUUAGCUUAGCUUAGCAUAACGACUGGAGAAUGACACUAAACCUCACCAUGAAACACUUUACAUCUUGUUUAUUUAAUCCAGACAAAACACGUUGUUUGAGGGGAGAAUAUGUCCUAGAUUUAUAAUUAAUCUACAUAUUUUUCAACAUGUCCGAUUAUUCUUCUGAAAAGAGACACAAGGUUAUAUUUUUUUUUUGCAGAUGCCACCAGUGUGUCUGACUUAGCUCUGUUCACCUGACAAUACUGAAACAGAGCUCAUCAUUCAAACGUCUAAAAGCAUCUGAAACCAGAAGUAAUAAAAUGUCUGCAUAAAGCACGAGACUGUGGACCUCCCCACCAGUAAAAAAAAAACACCCAGGAAAUCAGUUUCCUGUUUAAUAAUUACAUACAACAACAGAGGAGGCAGAGGUGAGCCCUGCCUUCUUCCCCUUUUCUGAGUCUUCAGGUCAAUAUGUAGUCGAUGGAGCCACCCAGUGAUUAGUCAUUUUAAAGAAACAGCUCCAUCCCACCUUUUUUAUUAUUUGAGGAGUUUCAAACCUCACUGUUACUUAAAAUCAACUAAAUGAAUAAAUGGUGUGUGUAGUGUUGUGAGCAAGCUUUCAAAAUCCAAAGAAAUGUGAAUCAAUGUUCUGUUUAAACAAGAAAAAAAGCUGUUUUCAUGUUUAAGGAGCUUAAACCGAAGGACGGUUUCUGUUCAUUUUCUGUUGAUGAUUGAACUGUUUUAUUGCUGCUUUUUUACACUCACACUUGUUAGAUGAUGGUGUAAUCUGUCAGUCGAAGGUCUGGCUGAUGGCCGGGUCAGAUCUAAUUAUCCUCUGAUGACCCUUGAAUGAAGUCGGUCAUUUAUGCUGUUCAGACUUUUCCAGAGGUUCAUUUGGAUAAAGUCCAGACUGCUUGAAGAAUGAAGGUUUGUGCCUCAAACCUAUCAAUGCUGGCAGAUACACCACUACCAGUACGCCUAUCUUUAUAAUAUCAGCUGUGUAGAUGUACCAGUUUAUCUCCAUAACUUUUUUAAUACUUUAAGUGUAAACAUUGACUUAUUUCCGUUUUGUGGUGCAAUAUUCUGAUUUUGAUUCUGACACAACACUCUUCAAAAGUAGAUUUUUUAAACAUUUUAAACACUAAAAAUAAGCUUUACAUAAAAAGGAUUAACAUUAAAGAGGCAGGACACUGACAUGUGCAGAGGAGGGAUAAUGGAUAUACUGGACAUGCUUAAUAUGAAGGGGUAAAAGAGGAAGACCAGGAUGUCAUGACGGAGGACAUGCAGAGGGUUGGUGUGACAGAGGGGGAUGAUAAGGACGGGGUGAGAUGGAGGCAGAUGAUCCACUUUGGUGAGCCAUAAAUUGAGCAGCCCAAAGAUAAGAUGACAAUGAGACUAACUGAAAAUACAAAUGAUUCUGUAUUUAAUAGUUAAUGAAUCAUUUUUAUUGUCAACUCAGUUGACUGACAUCUCUUAAUCGUUAUGUUUGAUGGUUGCACCACCAUUAUUUAAUAUUUUCACACAUCAGUAUUUGCUCUGGAUCAUAA